AGUAGUAAGAAGGAGAGGGGUGAGCUUUAUCCCAUCAGCCUCGGAGCAACUGCUGCAUAUGAUCACUGCUUCUGCCUGGAAAAGUGAAGGUGCAUUUGAUUCUGAUGAGGAAAAAAACUCAGCCUUUGCUUCCAUCUCUGCUCCUGGAGGCACUAUAUGGAAAGUCCAUCAUGGCCAGACAUAUAACUGGUUAUUCUGCCAUUUAAAACAGAGAAGGGAAAAACAAUGUCCAACCAAACAUCUGUAAAAGAGUUUCUGCUCUUGGAGUUCUCUCAUAUCCGACAAUUGCAGAUAACUCAGUUCUUUGUGUUCCUGGUUUUUUAUUUGGCUGCCAUUACAGGAAACCUUCUCAUCAUCUCUGCAGUAGCUCUUGAUCAUCGCCUUCAUACCCCCAUGUACUUCUUCCUGAUGAACUUAGCCAUGACAGAUCUUGGCUCUGUUUCAGUCACCAUACCCAAAUCAAUGGCAAACUCUCUUUUAAAUACCCGGUUGAUUUCUUAUUCUGGAUGUGUCACUCAAGUUUAUUUCUUUCUAGUCUUUGCAGCAUCAGAUUAUACCCUCCUCACCGUCAUGGCACAUGACCGAUAUGUUGCCAUCUGCAAUCCGUUACGGUAUGAGACAAUUAUGAACAAAGGUGCCUGCAUUCAGAUGGCGGCCAGUGCAUGGCUUAGUGGUUUUCUCUAUGCUGUAUUGCACACUAGCACCACCUUUGCAAUGACAUUCUGCUCCAAUAUUGUUGAUCAGUUUUUCUGUGAGGUUCCUCAGCUAGUAAAGAUCUCCUGCUCUAAUUUAUACCUUAUUGAAGAUGCACUUCUUAUUUUAAGUGUUGCCGUAGCAUUUGGCUGCUUUAUCUUUAUAGUUGUAACUUAUGUGAAAAUCUUCAGUACAGUGCUGAGAAUGCCCUCAUCACAGGGAAGGCAAAAGGCUUUCUCUACUUGUCUUCCCCACCUCAUUGUUUUCUCCUUGUUCCUGUUUGCUGGAGCUCUUGUCUACCUGAGACCCAUACCAAAUGUAUCCUCCCAUACAAAUAUGAUAUUUGCUGUCUUAUAUUCUGUGGUUCCACCCAUGAUGAAUCCAGUGAUCUAUAGCAUGAGAAAUAAAGAGAUUAAGGUUGCCAUGUCCAGGAUUUUGGGCUUGAAGUAG